AUGCGAGGAAAAAGUAUUGGGCCCGCCAGACGCGCUCUAUUUCAGUCUCGCGCCAGUUCGUCGCUGGCCGAGCGCCUGCAAGGGCUGACGACCAGGACGCUCCCCUUGACCUACGACUAUCUACAUCCCCAGCCAUCACAUCUGCUGAACCUGACACUAUUGGAUCUCCUACGCCAGCCCCCUUCAGACCAUCAUAUCACUCUCCCUUCGAUCAGGAACCCUCCUCGCUUGCCCCCCGGCCACCACUUGAUCUACUUCCCGCCGCAGGUCCCCUUGUCGCAACUCCUGCCCGAUGGCACGGAUACCCUUCACACCCCUGGUGAGCCUUUCGAUCGGCGACUUUGGGCAGGCGGAAGUGUCAAGUUUGCCGAUCCUGGGCUUCUGCUCAAUGGCCGCCGGGCUGUGUGUAUUGAAUCCAUCCGGAAUGUGGCCGUGAAGGGUCGCGAAGGGGACGAGAAGGUGAUUGUCACCAUCGAACGGCGCAUUGGCACCGUUCCCGAAGAGGAAACAGCCGAGAAAACCUGGGAGCGGAUCUGGAAGGGGAACGCAGAUGACCCGGGGGAGUCGGCGGUCGUGGAGAACCGGGAUUUAAUCUUCAUGCGGCCCAAGAGCGAAGAGCAGCUUCGGCACGACCAGGAACAGUUUGGCGCGACGAGUAGGAUCGUCAAACGUGAGAAGAAAACUAACUACACUUGUAAAUCUAACCAAAAGCUGACUCUGAAAUCAGCGCCGGCAGACCCAGCAUUUCGGCAUGUCAUCACGCCCACCCCGGCCCUGCUGUUCCGCUUCUCGGCGCUGACGUUCAAUGCGCACUCGAUCCAUCUCGACCAGAACUAUACCCGCCAGCGUGAAGGAUAUCGCAAUUUGCUGGUCCAUGGCCCGCUGACCCUCACUCUGCUGCUCAGUGUACUGCAGAGACAUGUCGACCAUCCGAUCCGCAGCAUCGAGUAUCGCAAUUGGGCGCCGGUCUACGUGGAAGAAGAGAUGGCGAUCUGCGGCAAGCGCAAGAGUACCGGGGCGUGGGAUGUGUGGAUUGAGGGCCCAGACGGCGGACUGGCCGUUCGUGGCACGGUGACUACAUAG